GCUCUCCCACCACUAGUACCGAAUCGAACUUAUCAUAGCAACAACUUGUUCCUUACCUCGCAAGGCAGCAUCACACAUAUACGAACAUGGCCGACGACUCUCCAGCUGGUUCCGACUACAAAGGAUCUCCUAGUGCCUCUGUCGAACCCUCCAUCAAGCACUCCUCUCAACUUCGGCCAAAGGAAGAGCGCAUGAGACUCUUCAAAGAGCGUCUCAAUGGCUCAUCUCGCAAGUCGACAGCAUCAGCCGAGGACAGCGCAAGGAAUGCUCCAGGCGAACUCCUCUGGGGCAAGCUCCUGGCGGCUACUGCCCGCAAAGAAGCAGGUUCCGAACUUUCCCCACUCGAAAAUCGUCUCGUUGGCAUGAUGCAGCGUUUCGUGCCUGAUGAAGAAGUUCUUGAAUAUGGAAGAAUGUUCGCCGAGAGCGUGAAAUCUAAUUCAGCGUCUGGUGUACAUCCACAGGCCGUGGAGCAGUUCGAUCUGCAGAGAGAAUAUACUGAUAACGAUUUCCAUCAAGAUAUCGGCGCCAUAGCCGAUGAAUUCGCAGCCAGCGGUGGAGUUCAGAUCAUCGACGGAACCUCGCCAACCUUUGAAGCAGAUUGCGAGGCACUCGGUGAGAGGGAAGGAGACAUCAACCAAGGUACAGGACCAUCUGUAAUUGCAUUCGUGGGACCGAACGACAGGAUCAAAGAAAGCGAUCCAGCUCCCGCUGCUCCCGCUGCAGAUAUCCAGAACUCCAAUCGGAUCUGGAUCAGACUACAUCUGACCAAAUUCGUCUGCCAGAGACGAUCGGGAGAAGUAGGCAAGGAUGAGUUGUACUUCACCACAGCCGUCGGCACGGACCUCUCCGAGAAACAGAGUAAGACAACCAAAGAAUACGGCUCCAUCAAGCAAGGUACCGAGAGAUGGUUCGAUAACGAGAAUAUGUUUCAAGGAUAUGCAGACCAGUGGGUGGCCAUUGAAUGCCAAGCCUGGGAAGCCGACAAUUCGAAUGAUCAAUGGUACAACGACUUGAUGAAUACGAUGAGGGACAUCGGAUACGAACUUAUGCAGUCAUCGGUGGGUGCCCGAAAUGGUGGCUUCUCGAGCAAUAAGUACGCCGCCAUGGUCGGCGCGGUGACUGUCCUCGUCAGUUAUCUGAUGGAGGUGUUUCGGAAUAAAGAUGACUUCGUAGCCAAGAAGGAGCUUGUCAUUAGUAGGGAAUUCCUGAAUGAGAGAAUGGGCACGAAUUAUGCUGCUUUUAUUCUCGAGGGAGGUGGUGGUGGCGUGCACAAAGUCCACUGGGGAAUUGGCAGAUGA